GUCUUUUCUGAACAGCAGAGAUGACAGGAGAGCUUCUUCCCUGAAGGCUCUUUCAGCCCGUACUUGGGAAAGGACUUCUGUUCCUGCUUUGAUACUUCACUGUCCCCCAGCUACUGUGACUUUUCUUGUCCUUUCCUAGAUAUCUAAACUUUGACAAAACAAAAAACUAGCAAGCGUCAUUUCUCCUAACUUGCCUGGGCAUAGUUUGGUGGCUACUCUUGUUCUAUUUGAUUACAAGGCUCCUACAGGGAUAAUGAUGUAUCUGCUUUUAGAGAGCUGUAGCCCAAUUCCCAACAACAUUUUAAGUUUGAAAUAAGAUACUGGUUUCUAAGCAAAGACCUUUAACUCCCUGUUUAGUCUAGAGUUAGUUUUGAUACCUCAAUUCUAAAGCUUCCCUAACAGGAAUUAGCCUUCUAAUAAUAAAUGAGGUCUGGUAGGCAAAUUAUUGCAUUCCUUGAAAAGCAGGGAAGAAACUUGUAAAGCUUGGGACCUCUGUAGUUGUUUAUUUUUAUAAGUAAUGUCAAGUUCCACGUCUUGUUUUAGCCAAGGACUUCCAAAACAUGCCUUGCGGCAUCACCCACUGCCAGAGCCAGGGCCUGAGGUGUGCCCAGCCACACCCACGGCUGGCAACCACGGCGAGAUCUCAAGGGAGUCUGAAAUCUGGAAGGAAUCAGAUUACCCAGUUACUCCAGCUGAUCAUGGGAAUUCAUGGUCUGCUAGUCAGAGUUACGCCGACACCUCCACCGAAGACAGCUCUGUCUUCUCCUGGGGCUAUGAUGAAUUUGAUAAAGCUGCCACACAACAAGUUCAGAUGAUGUUCAGACAAAUUGAUGAGCUUCUCUAUGAGCAGAAAGAGAAUGUGCAUGUUGAGGGACUGCGGGAAGAAUGCAACCAGUGGACAUCCAACUUUCCUCAUCUCAGGGUUGUGGGGAAGCAGAUAGUGAUCCCCACAGAUGAAGGGUACGGAUGGUACUCAAGUUCACCUUCUGGCAGUUUAGGUUCCUCAGAUGUAAGUUCACCACAAGAAAAAGAUUCUAAUGAAUUUAGUGUUUUUGGCAAGAAGGUACCUCUUUCAGUUACCCCCAUUCACAAAAAGGCUGACCGUUCCAAGUCUCCGACCUUGUGUUCUCCAGAGAGCGAAGAAGGUGAAGAUGGAGUCAUUGUCUCUGAAGGCAUCAUGGAGGAGUAUUUAGCAUUUGACUGCAGAGAUGUGGAGGAAGAGUUGCAUGAGAGGAAAAUGGGACUGUCCUGUGGUAGUCGGAAAUUGGGGUUUCCUCCCAUCUCUCCAUAUUCCUGCAUGAAGGAUUCUGUGCUCACAUUUGUGUUUGAUGAUGUGUGGAGUGAAGUCCUAGGCUGCAUGGAAGAAUUAAUCUGCAGACACUGGGAAGGGUCAGCCUCUGAUGAUGAGAAAAACAUCAUAACAGUAGAAACAAUCAGGGCAGAUGCUGGAAGCCCUUUGCAGUUUGAUCCUCUGCCAGUGAUGUUACCUCGUGUGCCACCAACUAAAAUGCCCUCAGUCACAUCAGAUGUGUGUCCAAAACCCAGAUGUGGCCGCAAAAGCAAAAAGAGGAGAAAACCACCUCAAGUAAGUCUCUCUCAAGGGUCAAGUAGUGGCGCUCAACGUAAUCUAAAUGGCUUGAUGGCAAUACAUGGGAUCCAGUUGCAGCAAAGGAAUCUGCCUGUAAUGGAGAAAGCACUGGACCUGGAUGAUAAAGGCUCCAGUUCCAUCCUCUCUACCAGGGCGGGGCCAGAUCGUCCUCUGGAGCUCAGCGCGUCGUCCCUGCCCCGCUCCACCAGGAGGCGAAACCCGCCGCCUCGGACGCUGCAUCCCAUCAGCACCAGCCGCUCGCGCACCGGCACCCCGGGCUCUCUGGACGAUGUCUUCAGGGGAGCUCGAUUUCCGACUGCUCACGAGCAGCUGAGCUCACCCUCCCCGCUGCUGCUAAGCCGAAAUAACCUCCUACCACCUAUUACCACCACCAGCACCGUGGCGGAGCACGCCAGCACUGCGGGAUCCCAGAGGCAAACGAAAUCUCAAGGGAACUCAAGUCGAGCUCACAGUGUAACAGCACGUGAAGAUGCCCACCAGCUACAGGAGCAGCUUUUCUUACCUGAUCGUUUCUCCCGGUCUAACACAACCAGCACAUUCUUGCCAGAUCCACAGCACCGCCGUUCUUGCACAUUUAUUGAUUAUAGUAACCAAUCUUGGACAAGCAGAGGAUCAACAGGUUCAGGUCUUCAGCUGCACGGUUCUCUGAAAGCCCACAGUCGAAGCGGAUCAGUCACAAAAAGCAAACAGGGGCUCUGAACGUGCCAUGAGGAAGUGUCCAUCCAUCUCCGGAGUCAGGAACCACCCUUCACUCUCAGCAAUGUCAACACUGUUUACAGAGUUUUCAAACACCCUUCCUCAUCAAGUUAUUUUUAUAGAAAUCUCAGCAGCAGCUGCCAAAGAUCAGAAGGAGUGUACUUAAAACAUUCCAUUUUCUACCAGUAGAAGUUACACUCCAGUGGA